CUUGUCUCCUCUUUGUCCAGCAUGAUCUACACGAAAUGAAACCCGUCGUCACCCUCGUCACUAAUAAAUCCUAUUCAGUUAUUGAAGUGAACUGGAUCGAUGCUCAUCGUACGACAGGCAGGCAUCCAAGCAAAGGGAAAAAAGGUUUCAAGUGAAUAAGUGCAGGUCACACUUUCUUGUGGUUGGUUUUGGCCAGAAAUAGCAUUUUAGUCUGUCGAGGACCACGAACCAGAAGACUCAAGACACCAGAAAAGUAGGAAACCCAAGUAUUAAGUAUUUAACAAAAAAAAAUCGUAUUCAGUUAAGAAGAAACGAAAAAACACAGGUUUCUAACUGGAAGAAAGUAGUUUCAGACUCUCGAACAACAACAUACAAGCAGAACAAUGACGAACAAAACAAUGAAUAAUUUUCAAUUAGAGUUGAACCAGACCGUGAACCCUAAACCAGUUAAACCUUCAGGAUGGGGUGCCCGACAUACGAUGGCCUUUCUCGGAUUUUUGGGCUUUGCCGUCUCCUACGCGAUGCGAUUCAAUUUGUCCAUCGCCAUCGUAGCGAUGGUGGGGUCAAAACCGGGUCAUGGUCAUGGUCAGGGUCACGAAACGCACAAAUCCUCAUCAGCCUGCGUCUACACGGCGAAUAACUCCAUGAAACUUGAUGACAUCCAUUCAGCUGAAGCAACGCUGGGAGAAUUUCAUCAUUGGACGGAAGCCGAACAAGGUUUAAUUCUAGGAAGUUUCUUCUGGGGGUAUGUCAUUACGCAGCUUCCAGGGGGGAUUUUAUCUGACAAGUACGGGGGGAAGUGGCCGUUAGGAUUGGGACUCUUUAUUACGGCCAUAUUCGCAAUUCUCUCUCCAAUUUGCGCAAGGACGCAUACUUAUCUUCUCAUGUUUUGUAGAGUGAUGCAAGGAUUGGGGGAGGGACUAACGACACCUGCCAUGCAUGACAUUUUAGCUCAUUGGGCGCCCCCAGAAGAAAGAAGUCAACUCGCUGGGAUAGUUUACGCAGGUGCUCAAUUCGGUACAGCGGCAACCAUGGUGGUCAGUGGGUAUCUAAUCCAUGGCGGAGUAAUGGGAGGCUGGCCUUCCGUUUUCUACGUAAUGGGAGGAAUUUCUCUCGUCUGGUUCGUAUUUUGGACAAUGUUCAUCUACAAUAAGCCAACAGAACAUCCCAGGAUCUCAAAAGAGGAACUCAACUAUAUUGAAAAGAGCAUUGGUGACCAAUCCGCUCAUGAGGAAAAUGCUGCAACUCCUUGGUUCGAAAUCUUCACAUCGCUACCAGUCUGGGCAAUUAUAAUCGGACACGUUGGUCACGCAUGGGGUCUGUACACGCUGCUCACCGAGCUUCCAACCUAUCUCAGUACCGUCCUCCAAUUCGAUAUUAAAGAUAACUCUUGGUUAUCAGCUCUCCCAUAUCUCACCAUGUGGUUCGUGUCCAUGAUGGUUCCACAAAUUGCAGAUUACUUUAUAUCUAAAAAGAUCCUGAGAACCGUAGUUGUAAGAAAAAGUUGUCAAAGUAUUGCUCACUUGGGAUCAGCAUUAAUGUUAAUUGCAGCCAGUUACUCUGGUUGUGAUCGAGUUGCAACGGUGGCCUUUUUAACGGUGGCUGUCGGAAUCAAUGGUGCCAUAUAUGCAGGUUAUGUCUGCAACCACGUGGAUCUGGCACCACGACAUGCCGGAAUUUUGAUGGGAAUCACAAACACCUUCGCGAACCUGACCGGCUUCGGGGCGCCUUGGUUGUGCGGUUUGAUGAUCAAUAACGACCCCUCGUUGCAAAACUGGCAGUAUGUUUUCUUCAUUGCGGCUGGAAUUUAUGUGGUCGAUGUCAUUUUCUACUCGUUAUUCGCCUCAGGUUCGGAACAAAAGUGGAACAGGGGAGUUAAAAAAUAAGUGAUGAAGGUUGUUGUUGCUUUGCUAUUGUUGUUUUUAUCUGGAGUGAUGAUCAUGUUACGUUUUAAACAAUUACAUAUUUAAGUACGUACGUCAUUGUAAAAUAAUAAAAUUGAGAUUUUUAUUUAAUUACAAAA